CUACAAGACGUGACCCUCUUGUGUGUUAUGUUAUCCAUCAGAAGUAACUAGGAUGAACUCAAGAGUUUCACUUUCACAAGGUGCAAACCAAUUAUACCUCAAAAUAAUUGAUUGAUCUUUUACGUUUUGGUGAUGGCUAUCAUUGGCUUUAGUUUAUAGUAAUUAAGAAAUCUGUGACCUUACUUUCUUCAAUUUCUAUACCUAUUUUCUCUCUGUUUUUCUAGACUCUAGCUGUGCAUGCUUCUCCACAUUCUUUCUUCCUUUUAUAUUGUUGGCCUUCCAAGAUGCCAAUGAUAUGUAAAGAGACAAUUUCCUUUUAAAGGAAAAAGGAAAAUUCGAUUCUUGAUAUGAACUGUUUGUAUUACUAUUAAUCAUAUUUUAUCUUAUAGUGAGAUACUGUAUACAGUUGAAGUUUAUAUGAAAAUCUAGUCUACUCUAAUGCAACACAAUUGCAACUUUGCUUCAUGAUACUUCCUCCGGCUUCCUUACUAAACUUGGGUAAAUAUUUUUCAACUGUUCAUUCUCAUGUUUCUGUGUCGUUAAGCUUUUGGAAGAAAGAAUCUUCCAACAUUUUCCUUAAUAAACUCUUAGCUAGCAACGGUACUGAGGAAGUCCAAUAUAUAGUAGCAGUUUGGAAGAAUUAAAAUAAAGUUGAGAGAAGGCUCGUAUCCCAAUGGCGAGUAUACCAAACUUGCUACUUGGUAUGUUUUCCUGUUGUCAUUCUUCUGCAUGAUAGACGUUUCUAUUCUCUUUUUCUUUAAUUCUUCCUUUUCUUUGUGAAGGCUCUCGACAGCGAUGCAAAAUAAAAUAGCAUAUGUCAGAUAACAAGUAAAGAAUUAAUGCACUUUAUAUCAGUCACCUCAUCAUAGUAGCUAGCUUCAGCAUAUGCUAUAGGCCACGCAUUUUGUUUUCUAUGUGGCAAAUCCUCACUGCUUACAUGGAAAAUAUGCAUAUAACUCUACAAUGUUAUCAUAAAGUUACAUGACACCGAAAUUAUGCUGAUGAUUUUCUGUUAAAAUUGUGUUAUUUAUUAGGACAGAUGACAGAUUGGAGAUAAUAGUAGACAGAAAAUUAACACCAAAUGUUAAACAUUCUGCGUGCAACUGUUACAAUUCAUCAAAGCCAAGGAUUCAAUCUCUCUCUCUCUGAUUAUAACUUGGGUCAAAAGGAAGAAAAGUGAUGUUGGACCUGUCAAAGCCAAUCAUUUCAAAUUCUGAUACACUUCUUUGCUUUGCUUUGCGUGGAUCGAAAGCCUUGGGCCUUGUAUCGCAUAUUCCAAAGCUCAUUGUGCUGCUACUGUCCCUGAAAAAGCAUGUGGUCUUGUCUUGUACUACUUCCACAUCAAAUUUGCUAUCAAUCUCAAAACCCAACGCAAUCCUCACUCACUUUAAUGUGGGCUUGUACUUGAUUUGAUGUUACAUAGUAGUAUAUAAAUACAACCCUGUCAGUUUGUCUGUCUCACUCAUUGGAUUAACCAUAUCAUUUCAAAUUGCUUCGGAACUGUUGUGUCUCAAUACUCAUUAUUAUACUUAUCUGUCACUCCCGAGUCCUGGUCUUCCUUCUUCAACAUUUCAUCUCUAGUUUGAUUUUGAACAUCAUCACUCCUUAGCGUCACUUAUCUCCUCUCAGCAGUUUUCAUGGAGAUUGUGGAGUUAAAAGUGGAAAUGGUUUGUGUACACGAGAAAAGACUAAGGAAAUGUCUAUCAAAAUUGAAAGGGAUAGAGAAGGUGGAAGUGGAUGCUAACUGCCAAAAGGUAGUGGUGACUGGGUACAUACACAAGAACAAGAUCCUAAAAGCAGUGAGAAGGGGGGGUCUCAAGGCUGAUUUCUGGUCCGCGCAGAAUGAAUUGCUUAAUGCUUAUGUCAGUGCCACGUAUACCAGCUUUAGAUUCAAUCCCUUCAACCUCUUCUAGUUUCUUUCACAUCCUCCAACCCCAUCAAAGUAUAAUAUAAUAGGUUCUUUCUCUUUCGGAGUUUUCUUAUUGGGUCUCUCUCUAUAUAUAUGGAUGACAUGCAUGUUCUAUUUUUUUUUCUCUCUCAUUCCAUGGAAGGAUGAAGGUCAGAAACCAUGACCAAUCAAAUGUCACAAGAACAUCUAUAUCAAACUGGUUGGGUUAUGAGUUAUGACACUUUUUUUUUCACGAU